GCUACCGAAUAUACGCAAUCCUAGUUACCGUCUACUCGCCGAGACGCGCGGGGAACAGGUUGUCUUUGAAAGUAGUUCCAUCGUCUGGGAAUUAAUUUAUCGUAGAAAUCUCGACGAUGACACAGGACGUGGAACCCGCGGAGAAGGCAAAGAUUGCAGAAGAGCUGAAGCCCGCUGUACAAGAUUACAGUCAUCAGGAUAGCUUGUUUGGCAAUGCAUUCUCCUCAAAGGCCUACUUCAUUGUUCACCCCGAAUGGCUAUCCGAAAACGUAGACCCACCCAAGUCUCAGCCACUACCCAGAAAACCCUGGCCAUGGGAGCAACCCAAAUACCGACAGAACGUCCAACGCUACGAGAACGGACAAAUGACCCCUGACACGUCUACGCCCGGUCAGAACACCCCACUUCCGGAGUUCAGUGAACCGGAACCAGGAUAUUCAUAUACCCAGCCACUUAGAAAUAAUUACGAAUCAGAAAUUCUGGAACGAAAGCCUGCGAUUGAUUUAAGUACUGGUCGUAUGUAUUGAAAUAUUCAAGAUCAGAGAGAGGGAAAACACAUUAUCAUCCUACCAGACUAUUUGAUAGCGAUCGAUCGGUGUGUUUCAAUCAUGCUGAAAAUUACCUAGUAACGUUCAGGCUUCACAUAGAUGUUCUCAUGCAAUGCAUUGCCGCCUCCAGUAUUACAUAUAUCCGUGUGCAAUGAAUAAUUAAUUUAUUUGUCUGUUAGUAAUUUAUUAUUAAAUCAUCCAUAUUUCCAA